AUGAAAGGCUAUCAGGGACCUGAUAAACCGCCGGAAACGCCUCAAGCCCAAUUUAAAAGUCCGAGUCGACCAGCGACGAGGGUCUCGAAGAGCACCGCAUCGAAAAGGGCUGCGCCCCCUCACAUAUCAGGAUCAACAAACCCUCAUAAAAGGAAAUCGUUACCUAGCUCACGGGCACAAUCCACUCUCACACAGAUCGACUUUGUGACACAAACCACUCAACCGGACAAUGACCAACUCGAUUACCUUGAAAACUCUGGGACGCCUGCAAAUACACUCGACCAGCCUGGACUCAUAAACGAAGAAUCAGAUGACGAUCCGGAAUACAGAUCAACACUGCAAACCCGACCAGCUCAAACAAUAUUCGAGCCGGGCAAUGACCAUCCCAAAAGGCGUCGAAAAAGUGCGGGGAUGAAUGUCAGAGAAUUCGAACGAGGCCAGAGCGGACGCAAGAGCCAGACACCUAGAACCAGCGUUGGACCCAAGGGCAAAAGAAAGCCUACAGAGAAGCUGGCUACGAAAAGCGACAAGACCCUUACACAAAUGGAUUUCGUGCGACGCUACAUCCCGAUUGAUGACGACGAUGACAUGAAUCUGGGAUACAUACAACCAACAUUUCAGAGGAAGGCAUCAAGGAAUAUUAAGAAGGAAGCCAAACUUGAGGGUAUAGAUACAUCGAAUCGACCAACUCCCACUUCUGCUAAACGCAACCGCCGAAUUUUAGAAGCAGAGCUGGAUCUUUCAACAGGGGAGCCCAUAUCCGAUCCAUGCACCAGUCAAGCAGCAGAGAAUGGUAACAAUCUCGACAAUGGGACAGUCUGUGGUGGCCCAAUCACGCCACACAAGCGAAGACUCGAGAUUCCAUCUUCUCAAUCACCCGAAAGCCCAGGGCUUGCCAUUAUCACAUCAUCUCAAUUUUUGAGUGCAACGCGUUCGCCCUUGAGACAAAAAUCUCAAAAUUUCGCACACGAACCAAGAAGCCACAUAAAGGAAGAGUCGCCCAAGUCUCAGCAACUAGUUGAGGACUCGCAGGGCCAGGGACAUGGAUCAUCCGAGAAAACACCCACAGCUUGUUCGCCCAAAGUGUUAAUAGCCUCAAGCCAACGGCCUACAUUCGCAGAGAGACUAGCUUCAUGUGCGCCGUCCAACGAGUCGAUCAACACUCCCAGACCGCCAUCAAAUUAUCACGAACCGAAACGAACCCAAGGAGAGAGAAUGGUGGUGUAUGAAACCGAUGCCGAAAGUGACCAAAGCGAUGCGGAGGAUAACAUUAAUGAUGACCCUACAACUCCAUCUCGUUUACAAGAAUCCCAAGCCGAAGAUGCAAAUAUAAGCAGUGCCCCAUGGUCGCCUCUCGCCCCUUCGCAAGAACUCCCUUCACCCAAUGUUCAACCCUCUGACAAUCAGGAUUGUGACCCGUCUUCUGAAGCGCCAAUGUCGGAUGGUUCAGUGUAUUACCAUAGAAUGCAAAAGGCCACCCAAUACCCGCAUGAACCAAUCCCAGCACUCAACACCCAAAGGCUCUUUGAACUAUUUCCCAACGAGGGGCCAACACAACAUGCCAAACCUGGGCCUCCACCUGCAUCUACGCCAUCGGCUCAAACGUUCGCCGGUCCUUUCUUGCAAACCCAGACGCAAUCUCAAGACGGCGAAGAGCCUGACAUUGUGCUAGAAUCCUCUCCUAUCCGAGGACAGGAGAACAACACGGAGGAAAGCCAGGUGGUAUUUCAGCGACCUCAUCUUCCAGAGUCAGUUCAAGUUGAAUCCUCACAACCCAUCGACCAGGCCAACAUCAGGGCAGGCAAGGCUUUGUCACGUAGUCAACUUCUGACUUCAAGCGUUAUGGAGAGCGUCCCCCUGCCCAAUUUCUGGAUGAGUAGUCAGGACAGUGUGGGAGAACCGUAUACCUUACCUGAUCAGUGA